AUGUUGAUGCCAAGGACUAAUUACAAUAACACUGCUGGCCUGAAGUAUCAUACAACACAGGAAAUAUUAUUAUAUGCCAGUCUGAGCAUGGGGCCGAUCUGCAUUUUCCUCUACAUCAACAGUGUCCUGCUGUUCACCUUGAGGAGUAAGUCGGUAUUUCGUGAAACCUUUUGCUACAUCCUGCUGUAUACUCUUCUUUUUGCAGACACUGUUUAUCUGGUAUCGAGCUCGCUGCUUUUACUGUUGGCUUCUUUUCAGAUAAAACUGACAUUUUACAUGUGCAGUGUUGUAAUAUCACCCCCGCUGCUCGUGUACUCAGUCUCUCCUCUAACCCUAACGGUGAUGUCACUGGAGAGAUUCGUGGCCAUAUGCUAUCCACUGAGACACGCUGUCAUCAUCACCAUCAGAAACACAGGUGUGGCAAUCACUCUGGUGUGGCUCACCAGUUCCCUCAGCAUCAUCAUUCGUGUUUUAAUCCUAUUAUGUUCAAAUACUGAGUUCUUAUUCAACCUGCAGAUGAACGACUUCUGCUCUGAAGAGGCCUUGUUUCUUGUACCAAUGUAUUAUUAUUUUGUCACAGCAUAUUCUGGCAUUGUCUUCCUGUCUGCGGGUGUCACAAUCAUCUGUUCCUAUAUUGGUGUGACACUUGUUGCCAGGUCUGCUUCAACAAACAAAGCCUCAGCCAGAAAGGCCAGCCAAACCCUUUUGCUCCACCUGUUUCAGCUGGGCCUGAUUCUCAUCUCCACUCUUUACACACCCAUCAUCACAGCUGCUGCUACAAUCAUGGAGAGAUCACAUUUUUUACACCUUCACAACCUUUCCUUUAUUUUCCUCACCAUCCUCCCCAGGUGUUUGAGUACUUUGAUCUAUGGCCUCAGAGACCAAACCAUCAGGCCACUCCUCAUACAGCAUCUAUGCUGUCAGUGGAGAUGCUCAGCUUUCCUGAACAAAGCGAAUGCUGGUGAAUAA